CUGCCGUCUUUGUCUGGAGAUGUGAUAUGUAACUUUGGUUAUACUUGUGACAUGGUAAGCUGUUGUGUUGAUGUAGAAGAUCUGGGAAGGACAAUGGAAGUGUCAUUGUCUAUAAACCACUGCAACAGGAAAUUAACUUUACAACUGGAAAGACUGUCAGAGGAAAUAUCAUUGGUGGAUUACAAAUGGGGUACUUUGAUAAAGCAUGGUCUAGUUGGUGUGUUGAGAACUGAAAUUGUGGUUUACAACUUAGCAGCCGAAAAUAGUUAUAUGGUGUACUUCAACAUUUUGGUGUGUCUGGAAGCAAACGGUACCUGCUCUGUAAAUGAGGUCAUCCUAGAUGGGAGAAAAAUCGUCAAAGAUGUCUGUGACAGAUCAAAGGAAAACGAAUUUUCUCUGGCUGCUUGGAUUAAACAGAAGGACUUAUCAAAAUCCAUAGAGAGUUUACCAGUUUGGGCAGAGGUUCAACUAAAACAGGAUCUGAAAAUAGAUCAGUUUCUCAGAGAAAACACUUGCAAUCUUAAAAGUUACAAUGAAAAUGAAUGUCAGUCUGCAGAUAUGAAGGUAUAUCCAGUGGACAAAAAUAGUAGUUUUUCAUGCAGUGUAUCAAAGGAUUGUACAAGCGUUGAAUGUUGUGUUAAUCUUCCUGUUUUAAAUAUGUCAAUUAGUACUGUGUUCAGAAUCAAUGAAUGUAGAAACAACUUGAGACUUGAAAUUGACAAUUUAAUUCAUAAUUUUAAAUUGUCAGAAAUUCUAUAUGGUACCCAUUACACCUUUGGAUUACUAGGAAUAGUAAAACUAGAUUACAUCAUAGAUACGCCCACUACUGAUACAUUCAACUUCAAUCUAAAUAUAUCUGUUUGCAUGGAACCAAAUAAUGAUUGUGAAUUUGAGAUUGAGAUCUUCAAAGAUGUGGUUGUUGAUCAGCAAAGUUGUGACCAAGCUCCUGGAUUCUUAGACCCAUCAUUUUCAUUAGAGGACUGGUUAGCUAGAAGAAAUAUGACUAUAGAGAAUAUAACAGAUAUUACAGCCAAUGAUUUGAUGACAGAACUUGGUCUCUCUGAUUACAUGGGGUGGUCAAAUAUUUGUGAUGUCAAUCAGAUGCCUUAUAACGGAUCUGUUUAUGGAUGGAAGAAUGAAUGUACUAAUAUAACAGCACCAUCUAUCAACCUGAAUGACAGUGUUGUGUGCCACAUAACUGAGACAUGUGAUAGAGUUACAUGCUGUGCUGAAAUUACUGUUCUUAAAAGAUACAUCUAUGCCUCUGUCAAUCUCAGAACAUGUGAUUAUUUACUGGACGUAGACCUAGAGGAAAACCACUUUGAAUUCAGCUUGAUCAACUAUAAAUGGGGUAAACAAGAGAGUGUACAGAUUCAUGGAGUGUUACAGCUUGUGUAA